AUGACUGGUGCUGAUGAUAUAGUUGCGUCAAAAGAAUCCUCUAUUAAUAAUACAGAUUCUGCUCUUUCGCUUGAACCCAAAAUCUCAAUCAAAGUGGCAUUUGGAAAGACAAGCCAUGUUAUUCCAUUGACUGGUUCGAAUCUGGUCAAGGAUCUUAAACUCGCACUCUCGGAACUGACUGGUAUUGAGCCAUCCAUGCAGAAACUCUUGUUCAAAGGUGUCCUCAAGGACGACCAAACAAUUGCCGAGGCAAAUAUCAAGGAUGGAAGUAAAGUCAUGAUGAUGGCAUCUACAGCCAAAGAUCUGUUGAAUAUGGCAACUGUUGCUACUACGCCUGCUAGUCCAUCUGAUUUCGUAUUCGCUCACAAAACCGCACUGUGUACAUUAACAGAACACAAGAAGAUUAUAGACAAGGGCAAGCCGACAGAUGCCGAAAAAGGAGUAUGUGGUCUGCAUCUUCCAAUUCCACCACGAGGUGUAUCGGGACUAUUAAACUCGCGCGGUGGAAAGACUCGUCUAGUAUUCAGACUGGAACUGGAUGAACUAUGCAUCUCUACCAACGACAACACUCAAAAAAUACCACUUUCAUCCAUUGCAAAGGUUGUCUGUGAGCCUAUUAUUGGACAUGAUGGAUACAGUAUGAUGGGAUUCCAGCUCGGACCAACUGAAAAAUCUACGUACUGGGUGUAUUUUGUGCCAGAUCAAUUCACGUUGCAUAUUCAGCAGGCAAUCUCGUGGUGA